AUGACUGCAAAAUCAAAAGACUCCAACAAUGUUGGUGCUGACCCCAGUCCGACGGAGCCGAGCUGGAAAUCGCUCUUCGGAUUUACGUCGAAAAAGCAUUUGCCAACUCUCAUCCUUGGCUCAUGCUUCGCCCUCGUUGCCAGCUGUGUCACUCCUGCUCUUGCCAUAUUUCUAGGCAAUAUCUUCGAUUCGUUCACGUCCUUCGGCGCUGGACAGAGCAGUGCUCAAGGACUCCGAGACAGCAUCGUCUCAAACUGUUUUGUGAUGGUCGGGCUGGGAGUCGCCGGUUGGUUCUUCAAUGGUGCAUACUAUGCCCUAUUUGUGGCAUUUGGUGAAUUACAGGCGUCUGGAAUUCGCGGUAAUGUCUUCAUUGAGCUGCUCAAACGGGAUGUUGAAUGGUUUGAAGCCCAGCGGGAGGGCUCUGGCGCUUUUCUCUCUGGGAUCCAAGCCAAUAUUCAUGAUUUACAAAUGGCGACCUCCCAGCCCCUCGGACUUGUUCUCCAGUACUCGUUUCGAUCCAUCGCAUCGCUCGCGCUUGGGCUUUAUACCUCAUGGAGCCUGUCUCUUGUCACUCUCGCUGGAAUCCCCAUCUUCUCAUCCAUCAUCGCCAUUCUGUCCAUCAGAAUGAAAUCAAGCAUCAAAGCACAGCAAGUCGAAUUGACACAUGCAUCCAAAAUAGCCAACAAUGCCAUCGCCUCUAUCGAUACGGUCAAGUGUCUCAACGGCCAGUCUCUGGAAACCCAUAAUUUUGCCUGGCAUAUUGACAGAUCCGCCAUGCACUACCUAAGGCAAGCACGCCUGAAUUCUCUUCAAAUUGCAUUCAUCCGGUGGAUGAUGUUCGGCAUGUUCGUUCAGGGGUUCUGGUAUGGCAGCACGCUCGCUCGUUCCGGUAAUCUUACUUCGGGAGAAGUGCUGAGGACUUUCUGGGCCUGUCUAACUGCCGCACAAUCUAUUGAACAAAUCCUGCCCCAGAUGAUCGUCAUAGAGAAAGGCAAGGUAGCUAGUGCUGCGCUGAAAUCGAUCACAAGGUACCAUGUGGAGAACAAAAUGGUCAGCGAGAUGAAAGGCAGCAUGUAUCCUCGCCACUGCGAGGGGGACAUUGAGGUCAACAAUGUGUCCUUUUCCUACCCCUCUGCACCGGAUCAGUGUGUUCUCAAACCAUCGACGUUCUUCUUUCCCGCUGGAGAAACAACCUUUGUUAUUGGAAAGAGUGGUUCCGGAAAAAGCACGUUGAGCCAGUUGCUGAUGCGCUUUUAUCCUCCCACAUCGGGUGAGAUUCUGAUCGAUGGGAAUUCGAUUCAAUCACUCAGUAAGAACUAUAUUCGGAACAAUAUCACUCUCCUUGAGCAGCGCAGCGUCCUGUUUAACGAGUCUGUGCUUACCAACAUUGCAUUUGGACGGCAGGAGCUCGGACCAGUCAUGAAGCUGGAUGUGAAAGAGGCGAUUGAUCUGGCUAAGCUCCAAAACACCAUCGAUGGGUUACCUAAGGGAAUCGAUACUAGUGUCGGUCCCGGAGGGGGUUUUCUGAGCGGUGGACAACGGCAGCGAGUAGCAAUUGCACGAGCAAAGUUACGUGACACACCAGUCUUGAUUCUGGACGAACCUACGAGCGCCUUGGAUUUCACGAACCGCGUGGCAGUGAUGAAUAAAAUUCGAAAAUGGCGAAAGAACAAGACGACAAUCAUUAUCACGCACGAUAUGUCGCAAAUUCUCGGGCAGGAUUUCUUGUACAUCCUGGAGAACGGCACGAUCACCCAAUCAGGCUACAAGCAUGAAGUGGAAAAAAUGCCAGAAGGUGGAAAGUAUUUCCAUUCAACAGCGCAACCUAAACCAGAUGAGAAGAAGGCCCACCGGAAAAGCGCAACAAUGCCUAAUUUCUAUUGGAAUAGCUCUACUUCUGAGGACUCGGAGAGCUCAGAAGAUUGCGGUCCCUCUAUCCCUCGGCGUGCAGCCUUGGUCUCUAGAAAACAUAUCCCCAAUCCACAGGAAAUGGCACUUAAGAGACUAGCGAUCUACUCACCAAAGCUUGAAAAGGAUCUGGCCCAGGUUCGACCCCAGAGUGUUUCAUUCUGUGGUGGAAUCCCAGAGAGCCUUGCUCAUGGGCCGGGAACAUCGCCUAUGGACGAUCUUGAAAUGGUUGAGAUCGAUGGACAUGGUCCACGAGCAGACCGAUACCUCCAUAAUCGUAUUUCGUAUAUCUCACGAUAUCCCUCCCAGUCGAAACGUGGUAGGAGUUUUCGGCGUCGAUCGAUGAAAGCAAAAAGACGACAUGUAAGCAAAAGCAAUGGGAUGACUUCGCUCACUCGCAUAAUGAGCACUAUCGGCCCAAGCCUAACUAUUCGCGAGCGGGUCAUUCUGUUCUUCGGUUUUGCAUCGGCAUUAGCUCAUGCCAGCGCAACGCCGAUGUUUUCGUACUGUCUGUCCAAACUGUUCAGCACGUUCUAUGCCGGCUCGAACAGUGAGCAUUUGACCAUGACAUGGUCACUCGCUGUUCUGGGAGUCUCCUUUGGGGAUGGUCUGGCCUCUUUCUUCAUGCACUAUCUCUUGGAGUUUUGCGGCGAGGCAUGGAUGGACAAGCUACGGUAUACUGCUUUCCAGCGGAUUCUCAGUCAGCCGCUAGCCUGGUUUGAAAAGGAAGAUAAUGCGUCGCCAAAACUCACUGCGUGUCUUGAUCAGAAUGGUGAGGAUAUGCGGAAUUUGCUAGGCCGUUUUGCUGGGUUUGUCGUUGUUGCGGCAGCCAUCACGGUCAUGUCUAUCAUCUGGAGUCUGAUAGUUUGCUGGAAACUGACUCUUGUGGCGCUCUCUUGUGGUCCUAUCAUCUACGCGAUUACCAGGGGGUUUGAACGAACCAAUGGUUUGUGGGAGAGACGAUGCAAUGAAGCCAACAGUAUUGCAACUGAUGUCUUCACGGAGACUUUCUCGGAGAUCCGCACUGUGCGAUCACUGACUCUCGAGGGAUAUUUUCAUCGCAAGCAAUUGAAAGCCAUCACUCAUUGUCUUAGAAUUGGGCUGAAACGUGCCAUAUACACGGGGAUGCUAUUCGGAAUGGUUGAAUCGAGUGUUGUCUUUUCAAGCGCAUUGAUCUUCUACUACGGGGCCGUUCUUGUAACUCACGAGUUCAACGUGAACGAUGUUAUGAUGGUAUUUUCCAUGCUUCUUUUCAGCAUCGGAUAUGCCGCUCAGAUUCUCUCCUGGAUUCCUCAAAUCAACACAUCGCGUGAAACAGCAACACAACUCCUCCGCCUUGCCAGUCUCCCUGAGGCCGAGUCACAUGAGCAUCUUGGGACCGUCAAUGCCUCCGACUUGACCCCAAUCCAAUUCAACAAGGUAAACUUCCGCUACCCAUCCAGACCAAACACGCUUGUUCUCAAAGAUGUCUCCAUAAACAUCCAGCGGAAUUCCUGCACCGCAAUUGUGGGACGAUCUGGUUCCGGAAAAUCAACCAUCGCGUCGCUCUUACUCUCACUUUACGAAUCUCCAAUAGCCAGACAUGGCCGGUCUACCGUGACCCUCGGAGGCGUGGACUUAUUACGACUCCACGUUCCCACACUUCGCUCUCAAAUUGCAAUUGUGUCCCAGCAGCCGACUAUCUUUCCCGGGACAAUCCACGACAACAUCAGUUAUGGCAUACCCGAAGACUCCCCUCUUGCCUUACCACAGAGCGUCCGCGCGGCUGCCCAUGCUGCCGGUAUUGACGACUUCAUCUCCUCACUACCAUGUGGAUACUACACUGUCGUUGGUGAUGGAGGUAUCGGUCUGUCGGGCGGCCAGAAGCAGCGCAUCGUCAUUGCGCGCGCUCUUUUGCGCCAACCCCAAAUCCUCAUUCUCGACGAAGCGACGUCUAGUUUGGAUCCUGCUGCUGCUGAGAUUGUACGCCAGACGGUGAAACGGCUUGUUUCUGGGCGUCAUAGUCUUACGGUUAUUAUUAUCACGCAUUCUAAGGAGAUGAUCGAGAUUGCCGAUCAUGUCGUUGUUCUUGAUCGGGGGGUUGUCGUUGAGGAUGGUCCGUAUCGUGCGCUUGCGAAUCGGGCAGGGAGGAAGCUGCAUACUUUGAUGAAUGGUCCGGAGGAGGCUGGUGAUGCUUAG